AUGCACCCUGAUGGAACUUUGUCGGUUAACUCCAUGAGUGAUGUAGACUUUGCAGGGCUGUACAAGGUGGAUCCCAUGGCUGAUGUAUCCAGUGCCAAAUCACGCAUGGGGUACAUUAUUGGGAUGGGUGGUUGCCCACUGGUUUGGAAAAGCCAUCAGCUUAUCCCCUGUGUGUGUCUUGGUACCACUGAAGCAGAGUACUAUUCCUUGUCACACUGCUUGAGAGUUCUGAUCCCCAUCAGGCGUGUGCUUGCGGAGCAUACCCAGCUCCUCAACGUCCCACAUGAAAUGAAGGUCACCAUCACGUCAGAGGCUUCCGAGGACAUAAGUGCCGCUCUGCUCCUGGCUCGUGAUCACCGUCUCUCGUCCAGGACGCGGUACUACCACACCCAGGCCCAUCACUUCUGGCAAUUUGUGGAUGAUGGUACCAUCAAGAUUGUCCCCUGUGAGUCAGCCCUGAUGGACGCAUAUUACUUCACCAAGGCAAUGCCACGAGAAGGCUUUGAGGCCAAUCGCAAGUGUGUCCAAGGUUGGUCGUUCUGCAACCUGAUCUUUUAG